UUUCCUUCCCAAUUUUAGGGCUCAGCAAAGCUCGAGGCCUCGCAAUUUUGGGUUUAGCCCCGGGGGAAUCCACCUAGGAAGGGUCUUGCUCUCGGUUGCAUUUUUUAAAACGCCCCCCCACGCCACAUCCUUCCCGGGACGCCAUGUCUACCAGCAGUUGUAGUUUCGAGGACCGGUGCGUGUCCAUCCUGUCUUGCAAAUUCUGUAAGCAAGUGCUCAGCUCUCGGGGAAUGAAGGCUGUUUUGCUGGCCGAUACAGAAAUAGACCUUUUCUCAACAGACAUCCCUCCUACCAACACAGUGGACUUAAUAGGAAGAUGCUAUUAUACUGAAAUCUGCAGAUGUAAACUGAAGGACAUCGCAUGUUUAAAAUGUGGAAACAUUGUGGGUUAUCAUGUGAUUGUUCCAUGUUGCUCCUGUCUUCUUUCCUGUAACAAUGGGCACUUCUGGAUGUUUCACAGCCAGGCAGUUUAUGGUAUUAACAGACUAGACUCUACUGGUGUUAACUUCCUACUUUGGGGCAACUUGCCAGAGCUAGAAGAGAGUGCAGAUGAAGACAUGUUAGAUAUCUCAGCAGAGGAGUGUAUUAGAUGAAAGGAGAAUAGAUCUAUGAUAGUUCUAAUAUUCAGACUUUUUGCUA